AUGUCCAGACUGACAGCAGAACAGCGUGAACGAGCCAUCGGUAUGAUCCAAAUGGGCGCUUCUCGUGGUCACGUUGCAAGAACCUUCGGUUGCUCUACUACGACCAUAUCCCACCUCAUCCAGCGGUUCCAACAGACUGGCCAGACAAGAGACCGGCCCAGAUCAUGGAGACUCCGCAUCACAACGGCACAGGAAGACCGGAACAUCCGUAAUCUCAACCAAUGUAAACGCUUCCUGGCGGCAAUGUCAACGGCAACAACGGCAUUGGCUCGCCGCCACAGUCGACAGACAGUGGCCAGACUUCUUCGUCCCUACGCCAUUAGCGAUUAG